CUCCACACUCACUAACUCAUCGCAGAGGAUUUAGUACUAACCAAGUAAAUAGUAAUGAUAUGGCGGUGGUCCUUUGAUAAAAUAUCCUCUGCCUCGACCGGACAAACUGCUUAACUACGUACGACUAGUUAAGUAACUAUAAAAUCCCUACUAAAAAUGGCUUCCUGUAACAGGCGCAAAACAUGGCGCAACCUCAGGUAUUCAAGCUAUGGUUUCCACCCUAUCUAAUAAGAGCCAUCUGAGUUACUUUCGACCGAUGAUGAUCUCCGCUUCUCUCCUCCAUCUCCAUUCCCCAGCGUGCUCGCGACGCUUGCUUUAUUAUUGAACGAAUCCCUUUCAUUACAUGAUUGAUUCGUCUUCAGCCCAAAGCAAGAGGAUAUAUAUAUAUGGAUUCAUUAUUUUCACGUUGAUACCCCGCAUGCCGGCUAUAUGCGCGCUCACUCCAAUCGUUGCCUGAUCACCUAUCGAUAAUCCUUUUUAUAUUAUAUAUAUAUUAGCUCCAUCCUGUGGCGGGUCCAGGGCCUUUCUUCUCUAAGGCAUCAUUUUCGUGCGUCUGGUCUCCAUCUUGCCUAUAAGUUUGACGCGUGCUCGGCCGGCAACCGCUUCUCCACGAAGAGAAGAAGAAGCCAAAGAAUAUAUCUGACCUUACUCCAGCCUGAUAGCCGGUAUCAUGGAUGCAGAAACGCCUCUCCUCGAGAAUGUGAUGACUACGCUCGGGUACAGCUUGGAAGAAGAUGACCGGCCAAUCUCGCCCUCGUCAAUGUCGCCUGAGAAAGCUGGAUACUUUCCUAAGGCCCAAUGGGCAAACCUAGACCGGGGCAAAGAUGCGCCACGAUCAAACCCCAUCGCCAUUGCCCACCGCGGCUCCAAAGCCAAGUUCCCAGAGAACUCCAUGAGCGCGUUCAUACAUGCCAUCAGCGCUGGCGCACAAGUCAUCGAGACUGACCUGCAUCUCUCCCGGGAUGGGGAGAUCGUUCUAUCUCACGAUGCGACCCUCCAACGCUGCUUUGGUGUCGAAAAACGGGUCAUCGAUUGCGACUGGCAGUAUCUAAGCUCGCUACGGACGAUUAGAGAACCCUUCGACCCCAUGCCGCGCCUGGUUGAUUUGUUGCGGUAUAUUUCUUCUGCGCCGGAGCGGAAACAUGUAAGGCUGCUAUUGGAUAUAAAGCUAGACAACCCCGCCCAAAAAAUCAUGCGUGCUCUCGCCGACCUACUCCGCUCCACCGCCAUCCGUCCAGAACACAAACCAUGGAAUGAAAGGAUAAUCCUCGGCUGUUGGACAGCUAAAUAUCUCAUCCUCUCCCACACCCACCUCCCCACCUAUCCCGUCUGCCUAAUCUCCUUCUCCCUCUCCUACGCCCGCCAAUUCCUGCGUCUGCGCGUCCCGCACGUAAUCUUCAACCUGAAACUGGAAGCCCUGAUGGGGCCCGGCGGGGCGCGCUUCCUCGCCGACGCGCAGGCUGCGGGCCAGCACGUCUUCGCGUGGACGGUGAAUGAGGAGGCGCUGAUGCGGUGGUGUGUACGGCACGGGCUUGAUGGGGUUGUCACGGAUGAUGUGGAGGUGUUGAGAAGGGUUUGUGAGGGGGAGCGGGCUCGGUGUUAUGGGGAGGGAAUUGGGCGUGGAGACGGGAUUACCAUGAGGCAACGUGUCAAUGUCUUCGUUACGGCGGUUGUUUUGUACCUGGCGGGCAGUGUGUUCGCUGCUGUUUAUCCGGUGGAUUUGAAGGAAUUCAUUGGCGGACUGUAUCAAGGGAUAGAGAAGGUAGAUACCACUUGAUCGUUUUUCCAACUUAAGCUUGCAGCUUCGCCAUUAAAUAUAGAAUGCUUGGCUGCUGUGUUCGGAUCUUCCCACAGGCUGGUAGAAGGGGUAGGGCUUGGUUGAAUUUGUCAUGCAGCGGAUUUCCUUCCAUCUCUACAUGGCACUGAGAGACAGAGAAGACAGCGACACUACAGCCCGACACCAAACCAUUGAAGUAUUUGAAGUAUGUAACAGUGGGAUAAAGUCAAAUCGAUAUGCUCUUUUAUUUCUACAGCUUGAAAACUGAUUUUUUACAAUAAAAGCUGCGAAGGAAAAUGCAAUCAUGUACACAGAAAAAGGUAUUGGAUUUCAAAAAUGUACGAGAGUAGAUCAAAAGAAGAGAGGGAAAAAAUGCAAAAAAUGCCAAAUCAGAUCAAACGAGAAGGCAAAAUAUCACCCAU